AUGUUCUACAGAUUCGCGUCACUUCGGGAAACCCCUCAAAAGUCUUGCGUCACUCUGUCGAGCAUCGAAGCUUUUGCACGCUAUUGGAACAGCUGUGCUCUAUCAGCGAUUUCAAUUUCGGAUCAGCAGAGAGGAACCCAGCUUGAGAAGACUGAUACAAUUUGUAUUGACGACCCGGCGGAAUUCUCUCCUGGCUGGAUACAUAAUGCAGACUAUCUGAGCUACCGCCGAACGACUGUCCACGAAUCAUCAAGAAACCUAGACUUGGAACUUGUAUCGUUGGCACCCACGCUUCGAAUGCUCCGGUAUUCCACCUCGACCUUGCAGUUCGCCAUUAUUCUAGCGCAGUACCUUAUCAUACGGCUGACACAACUGAGAAGACUAUCAAUGAGGUCUCAUUGUCCUAGCUCAACGCAAAUAGUAGGUAAUUGGGCCUAUCUUAGGACAAAUGGACGACCAGGGAGCUUGCCACUUUUACGAAUCGUGGCAAUCCAAGCAAUGGAAGCACCCGCAGUAUCCCAAAAAUGGAGCUCUAGUAUUCUACAAGCUCUUUGUCAAAUCGCGCCAAACAUCACCUAUUUGGAUACUGAGCUGGUUAUACCGUUGCCAACAUCUAUCGACAUGGCAAACGCAACCUUUCACCUGCGCAACGUUGAAUAUCUCAAUCUAAACGGGACAGAGAUAGGAUCUGAGAUGCUGUCUUCAUUGGUCAAUUCCUGUGGACCACUGAAAGGUUUCAAGUAUCGACCAGCCACCUGGAACAUGUAUGGAUGGCGUCCUCGGACGCGAGAAACUGCCGAUAUCACCGCUGGGUCGGUACUAGAUGCACUCAGACCUCACGCAAAUACGUUAGAGUCUUUGGAACUAAACAUUAUGGAAAAGGUCUUCCGUUCAGGCCGUCGGGAGCAGCUGGAAUCCAUGCGACAUUUCGAAAGUCUCACAUACUUGGGACUGGAUAGCUUCUGCUACGACGGGCGACAGUCCCUAGGCAACAUUCUCCCAGGCAGACUGGAGACUAUAGAAAUCACAUGCAUGCAUGAAACGAUGCAUGAAGAUGUCUUGGAGCUGGCGCGUUUAGCUAAUUGGCUUCCCAACCUCCACACGGUUAAUUUAUAUCCUUGGCCCAAUAGCACGAGCUGCCCUACGAGUAUUCUCAAAAUCUCGACCAUUGCUGAGCAAUUUCGACAAAGAAACGUCGUAUUCUCAUUCUCUCACGGAACCUACCUCAAUCGUGCAUCCAAAUGGGGACUAUACACAAUUAUUGAGGCAACAUUGGUCCUAAAUGAAACUAUGGCCCAAUACAACUUGUUCAUAGUAAUUGAGAUUUAA